AUGGCACAAAAGUAUGCAGACAUCCAGUCCGAAAAGGACGCCUUUGCCGCAGAGGUGGAGAGUAUCAAGCAAUGGUGGCAGACAGACCGCCAGAAGCACAUCCAAAGGCCGUACACUGCGGAAUCAAUUGCCGCCCUUCGCAACAUUGGCUUCAAGAUCGAGUAUCCAUCUAGUGCCCAGGGCCGCAAGCUUUGGCGCCUACUGAAUGAGCACAAUGAAAAGGGCACAUAUGAUCUCACCUUUGGCACCACGGAUCCCCUCAUUGCCAAGGAGAUGCCCAAGGCCGGCGUACAAACCGUCUAUGUAUCGGGUGCACUUUGUGGACUAUCGCAAGCUGCCUGGCCUGGUGCGGACCAUGCCGACUACCCGGCCGACCUGGUGCCGUCUGUCGUGAAGCGCAUACUCAACACUCAGCUGUUUCACGAUCAGAGACAGACACAAUUGCGGAUGCGUUACAAUGAAGAGGACAGAAAGUCCCUCGAGAAUCUUGACUACCUGCUUCCCAUUGUUGCCGAUGCUGACAUGGGAUUCGGCACACUCACUGGUUGCAUGAAGUUGACUAGAAGCUUUGUCGAAGCUGGUGUUGCCAUGAUUCAUAUUGACGACCUGGCGCUAGGACUCAAGAAGUUCACCAAUGGAGAAGGCAGAACAAUUGUCCCGACGAGAGAGUACUUGGACAGGCUGACCACGGUGAGAAUGACGUUUGACAUCAUGGGAGCGGACACGAUGCUGCUGUGUCGAUGUGACAGUGAUAACGCCGAGUUCAUCACAAGUGUGAUCGACCCCCGGGACCACCCAUACGUGUUGGGAGCAACCAAGCAAGUGCCUACCUUUAUCCAAGCACUCGACGAGGGCAAGAUUGCAGGAAAGGAUUAUUUGACUGUCAAGUCAGAAUGGAAAGCCGCCGCCGCAUUGAUGACCUUUGACGAGGCCGUGAAAGCCGUUGCCAGUGACGAGCAGUACACCGCAUACAUGUCGGAAGUCAAUGACAAAAUUGUAGCUCUCCAGGAGCGCAAGGCCAUUGCGAAGCGGGUUGUGGGUUAUGAAAUCACAUUUGACUGGGAGCUGCCACGCCUUCCGACGGGCCAGUACAUGUGGAAGUGGUGCACCAAGGCCGUCAUUGACCGGUGCAUUCUCGCCGCGCCGCUGGGUGAUGUGACGUGGAGUCGGCAGGACAAGCCAAACAAGAAGGAUAUGCACGACUUCCACACGAGCGUGCGAAAAGUUUUCCCCGGUCGUCUGUUCGCAUUUGGCUACACUGGCGCCUACGAUUACACCAAAAACGGGUACACUCAAGCAGAGAUGGAGUCGUUCCCCGCCGAUAUCGCCAAGCUGGGUUGCGUCUGGCAGGUCCAGCCCAUCUGGGCGACGCAGGGCCUCAGUCUCCACGCCAAGGAGUUUGCCGAGAGCUUCAAGAAGGGGGGCAUUGCUUGGUAUAUGCGCGACGUGGCGGCCCCGGCCCGGGAGAAGAUGGCCACGGACAAGUAUGGUAAGCCUCAGGCCAGGGGAGACUACCUGGCCGAUGCCUUUUUUGAUGUGGUUGCAGGACUCGAUAUUGUGGAAAAGGCGUAG